AUGGCGGCGGCGGCGGCGCUGCUGCUGCUGCUGCCGGCAUUGUCGGCCACUGACGACUGGGCGGACGCGCACGCCACGUUCUACGGCGACGAGACCGGUGCCGAGACCAUGCAGGGCGCGUGCGGGUACGGCAACCUGUUCGAUCAGGGGUACGGGCUGGACACGACGGCGCUGAGCGUGGCGCUCUUCAACCAGGGCUGGUCCUGCGGCGGCUGCUACGCGGUGCGGUGCCAGGGCAGCGCCUACUGCGCCCCCGGCGGCGCGCCGGCAACGGUGACGGCGACCAACCUGUGCCCGGCCAACUACUCCAAGCCUAGCGGCAACUGGUGCAACCCGCCGCUGCGGCACUUCGACCUGUCCAAGCCCGUGUUCCUCCGCCUCGUCACCGACUUCCACGUCGGCAUCGUCCCCGUGCAGUACCGACGCGUGCCUUGCGCCCGGCGCGGCGGCGUGCGCUUCGAGAUGAGGGGCAACCGCUGGUGGGUCGCCGUGCUCGUCUUCAACGUCGCCGGCGCCGGGGACGUCAAGGCCGUCGCCGCCAGGGGGUCCCGGGACGGCCGGUGGGCGGACAUGUCGCGCAACUGGGGCCAGAUCUGGACCAACGGCGACGGCCGGGAGGUCGGGCAGGGGCUCUCGUUCCGCGUCGUCGCCGGCGACGGCCGGGCCGUGGAGCUGGACAGCGUCGUGCCGCAGGGGUGGGCGUUCGGCCAGAGCUUCGAGGGCAAGGGACAGUUCUGA